AUGAAAACUCUAAAAAAUGCAGAUUUCUUUGGUGUUCCAUUUGUAUAAAACAUAGAUCAUGGAUAAACAAAAUACAAAAGUACUUUUGGGGGAAUAAUAACAAUCACAAUCUUUUCAGUUAGUUUGGCUUACGUAAUUUGGAUUGGCUACCUCUGGUAAACUAAUUAAAUGAGCCCAAAAAUUUCACGUCAAAAUUACAUAUCUGACUAUUCUUUGCUAGACUUAAGUUAGGAUGUAAUAAGACUUUACUAUUGGAAAGGUACUGAGGACAGAAUUGAUCCAUUUGUAAGUAAUAUUUUAUUGCCACUUGUAAUGUACUCUAAAGACACUGAAUUGACAGCGCCUCAAUUAAUAAAAAAUCAUAUCGUCGAUUCCAAUGUAGAUCUGUAUGUACCAGAUAUGAAAUUUGGUUUUACUUAUUAUGAGGGUAUUAUAUACACUUCGAAUGAAAUGUAUGUAGAAGUAGUGUUAUGUGAUGAGAUAUAUUUACAACCUGGUGAAAAAUGUGCAUCCCAAGAACUUAGAGACCAAUUCUUCGCCUAACGAGGCAAUGAAGUGAUAAUUGAAUUUUAUUCGACAACAAUAGACCCUCGGGAUGGAAAAGAAUAACGCGGCUACUAAGAAUAUUAUAUAUAAAUAGAGGAGUAGUUUUGCUAUUCAGUAGCAGCUUUGUUUAAGACAACAUUAUUUGAGCUCUAAAAUAUGUUAUUAUUUGGUCCCUCUCAAUACAAGGAAUAUAUUGUUGAUGUUUCAAUACAAACCUAAACAAAUUCUCGUGAAUAUUGCUCAAACUUAUUUGAGACUGAAGCAAUUGGAGUAGUUUAUCUUGCAAUGAGAGGAACUCAAGAAAAAACAGUAUUAGAGUAUCCACGUUUAGGAGAUCUAUUAGCAAAUGUGGGAUCUAUUGUAUCAAUACUAUUUAUCAUGAAAUACUUCAUUAUGUUUUUAAAUGAAUAUUAUUUAAAUCAAAAGGUAUUAAAAGAGAUCAUAAGCUUUUAUUACCCAGAAUUUAAAAGAAUAUAAAUUAAAAAGAAUUGGAGGGGGAAAAUGGUUGAUGUUAGUUUAAAUAAGGUAAAAAUAGAUCCUAAAAAUUAUAAGAAAUUUUAUGAGAAAGUUUCUAGCUAAAUGCAAAAAAAGUUAAGUUAUUUGAAUUUAUUGUAUGAGAUAUCUAGGAUGUAUUUCGUUAUGAGAUCAUCAAAAUUCAGAAAUGAAUUUCAUAAAUCUCAUUAAAUAGGAAUAAAAAUAAGCUUGUUUUAGUAAAAAGAGAGUGAAAUGAUUUUAACUCCUAAGUCAGAAAAAUAUUUUGAAAAUAAUCAUGUUCUGAAUGAGGAUGAUGCAGAAAUAUUAAAUUACAACAGAACAAACAUAGUUAGAAAUUAUGAGCUAAUUUCAGAAGAGAUUUACAAUGAAAUGGAUUAUUACUAUAUGAAUAAGAUUUCAUGA